AUGACCGUUGUUGAUCUGGAGGGGCUUUUGCCCUCAACUAUUAUUAUGGUGGUUUCAUUUACAGCUUCAACCAUAAGUGGUAAGCCACUUCCAGAAAAGUUUGAACUGAAGGAUUUGGGUUCUUUUCGAUAUUUCUUGGGUAUUGAGGUAGCCUACUCACCUAGAGGUUAUCUUCUUUCUCAGUCGAAAUAUGUUGUAGAUAUUCUUGAGCGGGCUAGACUUACUGAUAAUAAGACUGUAGAUACUCUGAUUGAGGUUAACGCAAAGUAUUCUUCUUCUGAUGGUUUACCUUUGUCAGAUCCUACUUUAUACCGUACUAUUAUUGGGAGCUUGGUAUAUCUCACUAUUACUCGCCCAGAUAUUGCAUAUGUUGUUCAUGUUGUUAGUCAGAUUGUUGCUUCUCCUACUACAGUUCAUUGGGCAGUUGUUCUUCAUAUUUUGCAGUAUCUUCGGGGUACAGUCUUUCAGAGUCUUUUGCUUCCAUCCACCUCUUCCUUGGAGCUGUGUGCAUACUCUGAUGCUGAUCAUGGCAGUGAUCCCAUAGAUCGCAAAUAUGGGAGUUUCUCUUUCUCAUCCUACUCCUAUGUAUUUUGA